ACAAAGACGUUACCAAUCUAAGUUUUGCCACCAUUAUUGCCCAACCCCACACCAUCCAUUCAUCCACAACACAAAAAUCAAUCCUCUUGUUUCUUAUAAAAAUUCAUUCAAUACAAAACCAUCAAAAACCAAAAAAAAAUCUCAAACCCAAAAAACAAUCAUGGAAUCAGAAACACCAACAAAAGCCAGUGUAGUGAAAUCACUGAUGAAAGUGAAGCAAGAUUCCGGCAAAACAUUCAGUCAAAUAGCUCAAGAAACCGGUUUGACUAACGUCUAUGUUGCUCAGCUUUUAAGGCGUCAAGCCCAUUUGAAACCCGAUACUGCCCUUAAAUUACGGGCAACACUCCCUGGUUUGACCGAUGCCCAUAUUAAUCAUAUGAUGCAACCCCCCCUAAGAUCUUAUGAUCCUUCCAUUAUACAAGACCCCACUGUCUAUCGGUUGAAUGAAGCGGUUAUGCAUUUUGGUGAGAGCAUUAAGGAGAUCAUCAAUGAAGAAUAUGGUGAUGGCAUAAUGUCAGCUAUAGACUUUUUCUGCUCUGUGGACAAAGUGCAAGGUGUGGAUGGGAAAGAUCGUGUCGUAGUGACGUUUGAUGGGAAGUAUUUGCCACAUACGGAACACAAAGUGGAGAAUAUGGUUUCAAGAUUGAAGCCGCAGAAAGAAUAAGAAUGAAGUUCCUUCAAGUUAGACCCAAGUGGUUAUUAAAUUUCAUUGAUCUUCACCAGAUUGUCUUUUAUAUAUGCUUUUGGAUGUUUAGAUGUAAUUUGCAUCAAUAAUGGUUUAGUAACCAAUGUUCUUGGGUUGAUUGUCUUCGGUAUGUGAUGGCUGAUAUUUGACAUGCAUAUAGAUUAUCUGUUCAAAUCAAAGAAUUCAUAUAAACGUCAAAAUUUUAUCA